UCCCUUCUGGUCCCCCUUCAGUCGAACUAUGGCAUGGACAAGAGCAGCGAUGCAAAGCAGAGCUUUUGUUAGAAGUCACAGCUCAGUUUUUGGGUUGCCAAGCAGGAUCAAGUCGGAAUUCCUUUCGCCUCUGCACCAGGACUGUGUAGAUUUCAACUAAAUCUCAAACAUGCUCCAGAAUAUGCUGAAAUGCCUUGUUCUCUUCAUCCUCCAAACAGCAUCAGGUGAUGACUGCUCUCUUGAGAUUUCUCCCUCAAGAGCAGUGGUGAGGUUUGGAGAACCGGUGUCAGUCAGCUGUGUGGCGUCCCGGCCUGUACGUGUGUUAGGAUGGGAGUCAGCCAUUGGUGCAUCAUACACUCACCAUGACCUCACAGUCCAGUGGCAGGUGGAUAGCUUGAUUGACUGGAUUGAGGAGCCAAUCUGCUACGGAGUUUUCUUCACUGCACCCAGACAGUGUGAAGAGAAGCUCAACCUUGUUCUAUACAAAACUCCAGACAGCAUCUCCAUCAGCUUGGUGAACCACACCGGAGCCAUGGUGGAAGGCAGAGAGUACCAGCUGCUGUGUGAGGUGCAGAACAUUGCACCAGUCCAGUAUCUCACACUGCGGUGGUACCGAGGGCAGACUGAAGUUUACAAUAACACGUUCUCUGAGCUGUCACCUGCCACCCCAGUCCAAGUGUCUUCUACGCUGCUGAUCACUCCAAGCAAGGCAGAGGAUGGAGCUCCAUACAGUUGUGAGGCAGCACUGGAACUGGGACUGGAAGGACCUCAACCUCCUCCCAAAGUGAAAUCAGAGCCUCUCAGCAUUAAUGUUCACUACCCUCCUGACUCAUUCGACCCACAGCAGGAGGUCGUCGAGCUCGAUGAUGGCGAUAAGAUCAUGCUUAAUUGCUCAGUAGGAGGAAAUCCACCACCUCUGUACAGCUGGAGCUCACUGCACCUGCAGGAGCGUGACAAUAAUCAACCGCUUCUCACAGCUUCUUCCUCAGGCACUUACACCUGUACUGCGUACAAUUUACUGGGCAAAUCAAGCAAGCAGUUCAUCGUCAAGCUCAAAUCCAAAGGUGUUUAGUUUCACAUGUCUUCCUUAUGUUUUAAUUGGAUGGAUUUACAGAUGGUGUGAAGACCUCACUAAGAUGUCCAAACACGCCAGAGCCCUGCAAUUUUUUUUUUCAACCUAAAAAUCUUCCAACUUCCCCUGUAAUUAUCACAUACAUGAAUAUUUCUAACAUUGUGUGUAAUGUCUAUGAUAGUUGAUUUAAUGUCUCAACUUGUUUAACAUUUUAAAGGGUAUUUUUAAAAUAAAAUGAGCACAUACACAC